AUGGUAGAUCUAUCAGGACCCGGCAAUUGGAUCUCGGCGCCGUCUCAGUCGAUAGUGGAUAACAUCCCAGUCGAGGAGAGGUUCGUGCUGAAAGAUAUUCUCGAGCAUAAGCUCCAGGGUAUUCCUGCUGAUCUCGUGCCUCUACCGCGAUCGCUAGCUCAGAAGAAAGCGGGUACCGGCGACGACUCUUUCGAAACCGAGCAUUUUCAUAGAUACCUUACGAUCACCCAGGUCCUGGAUCAUGAGCCUAAUGCCAUCAACUUGCCGCACAUUCCGUCUGACCUCCGCCUCGAAUUCCUGCUCCGAAACCGAGUCACAAUCGAUGCACACUGCCGCCUCGCUAUCAAAGACUCGGAGGAGCAGCACGUCGACAUCACACGUGCAAUCUACUUCUGGCGUCUAGACGGCUUGCACCAGUUCCAACGCUAUCAUGACUCUGCGCGUUGGAACAUCGCCCUCUACGUGGCGCUGCUCACGGACGACCUAUCUGAUAAUUCAGGCUAUGUGAAAACGAAAGCUGCUCAUGAAUUCGCAAUCGCUUACCUUGCCGCUGUUCUCGAGCAUCACAACGAUGCUGCAGUCUUUGAGAAGCGGGAGGCAUUCAUUAAGAUGUGGAAGAGUACCCAAUACGACUUCUUCAUAUUCAACUCGUCACAGAAGCGGCUCAUGAAGAACGAGAUGAAGCGCCUCGCCAAGGAGUGGCAGGUAGAGCUCCAGCGGAUCCAAAAGGGGAAGGAACUGGGGAAGAAUAACUUCGUGAGGGAAAACAACUACAAUGCGAAGAUUGCCAAGUUUGUUGGUGUAUUGAUACCUGGAGACCAGAGCCAACGUGGCCCGAACCAUCGUACGCCGACCGAGACUAUCGAGGAGCUGAAGACGCAGAAUGACUUCGGCGCAGCUGAUAUGAAGAAGGGUGCGCUUCUGAAGGCUCUUAAAGACCGAUCAUCAUACUACCAUGUGCCAAAGCCCGCCGCGAAGCCGAAGGUCAAGCUUGAUCCGCCGCAGAUACCUAUGGAUGACGGAGUACUUGGCUUCCCUAUAGAAGAUGCAGCAUUUCUCGAGGCGCAGAAGCCCAAGCCUGAGCCAGCGUCGACGGACUGGCCAGCACUGCAUUUCCCUAAGCUCUCGCACCGGGUUGACGUGAAUCAGCAUGUGGAAGAUGUCGUGGACCAGUACGCGGCUAUCCGCAUUUUGAAGCAGAGCAAACCUCGAGCAAUGUUGGCGAAGCUUAUGGACCUGUUUCCAGAGGAAUUUCCCAUUCAAGAGCCUUCUACCGCCGACGCUGCUGCAAGCCCUCCUCAAUUGUUGCCGUCGGCAGCCCUCAAGUCUGCUCCCGUAAUGCCGCCGACAUUCGAGGACCUGGGUGCAUGGGUAGCUAGCAACGUCGUGUGCCACAGGGCAAAUGAUGCUGAUGGGCGUAUUCCUAGCAUCAACACAUCGUCUAUCUCCCAGGACAAUCUGCAGACAACCUCCGCAAAGCGGAUCCGGGAAGGGGACAGCAGGGAGAUGGACGAGCCCAAUGAGAAGCGUACCAAGUCAGAAGAGGAGUCUGUCGCUCGCCCAGCGCGGUCCCUCUUCCUCCCUGUUGAUGAAUCUCUUCUUCAUCCACAGACGACCUGGCAGAUACCCGCCGACCUGCCCGCCACGGCCUCAACGACCCCACUCUCCGGGGGCGACAAGCAGAAGCCGAGCAAGCCCCUCUUUGGCGGACGCGACUAA